CGAAGCGAAGAAUAAAAGAGAUAAUGGCGGGAAAAGGCGACGAUACAGAAGUUUCGGCAUCGGCGGCGGGAUCAACACCAUUAUCGCCGUCGGCUUCGAGGUCGGAGAGGAUGAAUAGAGAAUCGGAGGUGUGUUGGAGAAAGGAAGUCGAUACAAACCUGAAGAGGCUCCACUCGCUUCUCUUCGGAGCGGACAUCGCUCUCCAGAAGGACGAUUUCACUUCCGCCCAUGUACUUGGCCUCCGCCUCAUCGGCUUCCUCGAUUCUCAUUGCCACAACGAUGUCGAUGAGGCGUUCAUUAGACCUAUUCGCCGGGACGCCUCCUCGAAGAUCUGUACUGCUCGACAAUCCCUCUUUCGUGAAUCCAAUCGUCAAGCAUUUGAACAAGCUGGCAGCGAGCAGGGCUGUGUUUUCGGCAAGAAUACAAACUUGGAUUUUGAGAAGAUGAGGCAGUCAAAAUAUUUUCAAGACCUUUGCCAGCAAGCGAAAGGAAUAUCUAAUGAAUUGGGAGACAAUCUGGACAGGGGAGACAAGUUGGAUUGCAAGACAUCAAAAGUUCCUAGACAGGCAAAGCUGACAUCCUUGUGCGGAAACAACACAUCUAAAGAAAAUAAUAGCUUGUCAAGCAAGAGCCUGCUAAAUUCUAGAAGUGACAGGUCUGAGGAGUACACUUUCAUGGAAAGGACUCACUCACACCACAACCUUACCAAAGGUCUUGGUGUCUCUACAUUUUUAAAUGCUGAGGACGAAGAAAGAGCUCAUGGAAUUAAUUCUGGAGCAAAGCGACCAUAUGUAGGAAUCUGUAGUCCAAGAAGCGAGAACUCUAAAUCAUUAAUAAGCAAUGAAGAAGCUAAUAUCGAGGUUUCUGGCAAUGGAUUUGUAACUGCCAGGGCAAAAUUGGAAAUGGAUUCAAGGCAGAGGGCAGGGCAACUGGGAUCACCAAGUGCUUCUGUCUCCCCACAAAGUGAUAGUAAUGCAACCAACAAAGUUUAUGGGGCCAGAUCUUAUGGGAUUUCACGCCGUGGCAUCCGUGGUAAUUUUGUCCCUCCUAUCAGAUCCAACGGGGGAAAUGCAGGGAAUAUGAUUUCACGUAUUGGAGGGAAAGGUGAAGAUGCAUUAGAUGACUCAACGAAGAGAUGUUUGGAAGUGCUGUGUGGUCCUGAUGGUGAACUUCCUGAGAAAUUGAGGAAUCUAGAACCUCGUCUUAUUGAACAUGUUAGUAAUGAAAUAAUGGAUCGGGACCCCAAUGUUCGCUGGGAUGAUAUCGCUGGGUUGGAGCAUGCUAAAAAGUGUGUGACAGAAAUGGUGAUAUGGCCUUUAUUACGUCCUGACAUCUUUAAAGGAUGCCGUUCUCCGGGACGAGGACUACUUCUAUUUGGGCCUCCAGGUACAGGUAAAACAAUGAUAGGGAAAGCAAUAGCUGGGGAAGCUAAGGCAACCUUUUUCUACAUAUCUGCCAGUUCUUUGACAAGCAAAUGGAUUGGUGAGGGAGAAAAGCUGGUGAGGGCACUUUUUGGAGUUGCCAGUUGUCGUCAACCAGCUGUAAUAUUUGUUGAUGAAAUAGACUCACUUCUGUCUCAGCGGAAGUCAGAAGGUGAACAUGAAUCUAGUCGGCGACUCAAGACACAGUUUCUCAUUGAAAUGGAAGGUUUUGAUAGUGUGAAUGAGCAAAUUCUGCUUAUAGGAGCAACUAACAGGCCCCAAGAACUUGACGAGGCAGCAAGAAGGCGACUUACCAAGCGGCUCUAUAUUCCUCUCCCUUCCUCAGAUGCAAGAGCAUGGAUUAUCCGUAACCUUUUGGAGAAGGAUGGAUUGUUUAAGCUGUCAAUGGAGGAUACCGACACCAUAUGCAAGUUAACUGAAGGGUAUUCAGGAUCAGACAUGAAGAACCUAGUGAAGGACGCCUCCAUGGGUCCAUUAAGGGAGGCUCUGAGACAGGGUAUAGAAAUUACAAAGCUGAAAAAGGAGGAUAUGAGGCCGGUUACCCUACAGGAUUUCGAGAAUGCAUUGCAAGAGGUGAGGCCUUCUGUUUCUUCUAAUGAACUCGGUAUAUACGAGGAGUGGAACAAACAAUUUGGAAGCUUAUCACUGUGAUCAUCCUUCCUACGUCCGUUCAUUGUAGAUGUGUUCGUGCCGUCUCAAGUCGCUGAACUAUAAAAAAGUAAGUCUUGUCAACUUUUGGAUCCAAAAGAAAAAACUACUACAACUGCUGGCCUUUAUAUCUUGCUUAAAAUAAUGAUCAAACCCGCGUUAGAAGGCCAAGUCUUGGGUUC